AUGUUGGCGACAGCAUAUCGUCUAGGAGGGCUGUGGGCGGAGGCCGAGAAGCUCGAGGUGCAGGUGAUGGAGACUCGCAAGAUGAAGCUCGGCGAGGACCAUCCUGACACGCUGACAAGUAUGGCCAACCUGGCGUCGACGUAUAGGCAGCAGGGCCGGUGGGAGGAGGCUGAGCAGCUCGAGGUGCAGGUUAUGGAGACUCGCAAGACGAACCUCGGCGAGGACCAUCCCUCUACGCUGACGAGUAUGGCCAACCUAGCAUCGACGUAUAGGGACUAG